AUGAGUACAAAUGCCAAUUUCAAAGUUGAAUUUUUUAUUGAUCAAACAGACAACAGAAUAGCAAAAUUGGCUGGAAAUUUUCGCAGGACUCGAACAGUGGAAGAAAUACGACCAAAAUGGAGCAAAAUACGCUUAGGAAUCAAAAGGUUCGUUCGAGAUCAACGCCGAAAAGCACAGAAAAAGAAGAAAAGUACAUGGGCAGACCGAACAAAUACUUCAGUGAUUCAUGGCGUGAAUGAAAAAUCGAAAUAA